GAUAACCGCGGUGCACAUCAGACGCACCAAUUUAAAGAGCGCCACAUUGUUUCCCCCGAGUGUCACACUACUUUGUGUUGUUGUUGUUUUUUGUGUAACCGCACCUUUCGCUCCGUGUCCCCCGCUGCUGCCCUUGGAGAGACAAAGCAGGGCAGGAAAACCAAGUGUGUGAGGAGGAAAAGUAGCAGAAGUCAGAGAAGAGAGAAGUCCGUGGCUACAAUUGGCAGCAGGUGUGAAUUCAUGUCUGUAUUUCCUCCACAGAUUUACUGCCCAGUGUUUGUGCCCAGCCAAGAUAUGACUGAGGUGAUGAUCAACAGCACCCCCAUGGAGGACAUGAGGCUCAGUCCCAGCAAGGACAGACUCUCCUUCCAGAUAUUCCCUGAUCCCUCGGACUUCGACCGCUGCUGUAAGCUCAAAGAUCGUCUGCCGUCCAUCGUGGUGGAGCCCACAGAGGGCGAAGUUGAGAGCGGAGAGCUUCGCUGGCCUCCGGAGGAGUUCCUGGUCAGUGAGGAGGAGGAAGAAGAAGAAGAAGAGGAGGAGGAGGAGGAAGAAGAGGAGGAGGAGGAUGAGGACGAGCACAUUAACGGCUGCAUCCAAAAUGGACAUCCCGUGCAGAAUUCUCAGCACUAGAGCAUGAAAACCAUGCUCGCUUGCUCCGUUUCCUUCUGAUCGACGUUCCCUUUCACACACUGGCUACACUUCACCUGAGCUCUCGGCAGACAGAACUGGCAGACGCACUCUCACUGUCUCGUGAUGCCAUCUCGCCGCCCUCAACACCAAAGCAUCACUCCCACAAAGAGAAGCAAUACACACACACACGCGCGCAAUUCAAUUCUCCUGGUCUGAAAAACAAAAAAACAAAACACCCAAAUAGACUUGAAAAGAAUGGAUACACACUCUUCUGACUGGCACCCGCUUCCCUCCAUGCCUUCCACCGUGUGUCUUGGUACAGAUGGAUGUCCUGCUUUGACAGUUGCAGCUUAGCGCUCCAUGGACAGGUCUCGCACUGCAGGAGGCUACUGCUACUACUGCAUCGAUCCUUGCUCCAAAAUGGCUGGCGUCAUGACCCCAGAGACUUUAUUCUCGAUACAGAACGUGUGGUACCCGUGGGGGAUUAUUGUCCACAGCACACCUGUGCUUCACAUUCUGAUUUAACGCGUUAAUUAUCGUGACAGCCACAGCUGUCUAUAGAUUGUCUUGUCUGAGAAGUGAAUUUGUUAUUUUAUUGGUAUUUGGUGUAAAACGUCACUGGUCUUUUUUCUUUUUUUUUUUCCCCGCCCUCAUUGCAGGAUUUGUCUAAAUUAUAUUUUUUGUCUCUGUUACCAUUUACAGUAAAAGUAGCAACAUGGAAUCAUUUUGGAGAAGUGAGACGGAAAGCGGGAAGAUACUAUGGUAGAGUACAUGGUUACUACUUCUUCUUCGUUAAACGAUUUUGUUGGGCAGUCAUGUUGGCCUCUUGUAAACCUCGUGACAAACCAUAGUGGGAUAGGAUGACUAAGCAAAGAUGCUAAUACUGAAAAGAAAAUGUUGUGCAGGACGGCUGUUUCUUCAGCAGAGCACUUAAAGGGAUGGGAAACUUCAAUAUUUGAAAAAGCAGUUAAUGUACAGCCCCAAUAACUGAUCUGUAAAUAUUUGUUCCAAAUGAGACAAAACCCUCAGGCGCUUUUUUUUUUUUUCUCUCUCUCUCUCUCAUCUGGACUGUACACACCUGAACUGGUCUUCCUCUUUUUUUAAAAAAAACAGCCAUACAUCUGACAUUGUGAAGUUCAGGUUUGCUCACACAGGUAGGACAGAGUUCACACACAAGGAUGCAGUCUAACACAGUAUUAAACGCUUAAAUAAAUUGAACGUUAGUUCUGAAAAAACAAAUGUAAUGGUAAAAUCUCUGGUAGUAAUGUCGUUUUAUUCACCUGUAUUGUGUGUUUUGUUUUGGGUCUUUUUUUUUUUUUACUCUAAAUUGCAAUAUUUGUGGAAAAAAGGUUGUGUCAGUCAGUUUGUGGAAAAGAUUAACGUUUGUGUACACAAUCUGAAAUACUGUUGUACAAGCAUGACUGAUAUACUAUGUCUGUUCUUUUUUUUUUGUGAUCUUAUUUGUGUGGCAUUAGGGUUGUGUACAAAACAUCUCUCUUUGUCCGUCACCCACAGGUCCCACAUUGUUUUUGUAAAGCUCAGGGAGAUUAGCCGCCACCUUUUUCUGUUUUUUUUUUUGUUUUUUUUGUAUUUAGACCACUUUUCUCUGUGACGAUUGCAGAGGCUGUAAAUAAACAUUUGAAUUUGCUAUUCAA